AUGUUGGUGUGGUGAUAAGUUUGCCGGUACAUGUGACUUGUGACUAUUACAACCAUGCUACCUACGUCCUUCAAGAACCGCCUAAUAAGCUGGCUGGAGGAUCACCGCGAGCUGGUGGUGGUGGCGUUCUGCCUGCCCGCCAGCUUCCUGUUCACGCUGCUGCUGCGCCUGCGCGCCGCUCUCAGGCGGCUGGCCAGCGAUCCCACCAGGCACGAAGGCCAAGUCAGACGGAUACAGGCUAAGGUCCAGGAAUGGAACAAGCUACCAUCCGCCAACCGGCGUCUGCUGUGCACCGCUCGGCCGAACUGGCAGUCUCUCUCCACCACCUUCUUCGAGAAGCACCUCCACCACCAGGUCGCCGUGCCGCUGUACGACAUCCUGGAGCUGGACAAGCAGGCCAUGACGGUGAGGGUAGAACCCAUGGCAACCAUUGGGGAUAUAACCGAGUACCUGAUACCGAAGGGAUAUUCGUUGGCGGUUACGAUUGAACUAGUGGACGCGACUUUAGGAGGUCUAGCUAUGGGCACCGGAAUGUCAACGCACUCACACAAAGCUGGACUCUACCAUGAGACAGUCACCAGCUACGAAGUGGUUUUGGGGGACGGUUCCUUGGUCACAGCAACUGCUGAAAACGAAUACUCCGACCUGUUUUACGCGCUACCCUGGUCUCACGGAAGCCUGGGGUUCCUGGUUGCUCUGACACUUAAAAUCGUCAAGAUAAAGCCAUACAUCAAGAUUACGUACACCCCAGUGACAGGACAGAAGAACUACUGCGAUAAAAUGAGGGAGUUGUCAGGCGCCAAUGAGGCUAAACCUAAGAACCAUCCUGACUAUAUAGAAGGGACUGUGUUCAGUAAGGAUAAGUGUGUUAUUAUGACGGGGGAGUACUCCGAUAAUGAUGGUGUCACGAAAGUAAACCACUGUGCGCGCUGGUAUAAGCCCUGGUUCUACAAACAUGUGGAGUAUUUUCUGGAUAAAGGAGAGUCGACCGAACUGAUUCCUUUGCGUGACUACCUCUUGAGGCAUAAUCGUUCCAUAUUCUGGGUGGUCGAAGACAUGAUAUCCUUUGGCAACAACCCAAUAUUCAGGCUGUUCUUUGGCUGGUUGCUCCCACCGAAACCUGCCUUCCUUAAGUUCACGACUACGCCCGGAGUAAGGGCAUAUACCUUUACCAAACAGGUGUUUCAAGACAUAGUUCUUCCUCUGCAGGAAUUGGAGCGCCAGAUCAAUCUAGCUAGCGAGUUAUUCGAGAAGUUUCCAUUGCUGGUUUAUCCAUGUAAGAUAGUGGAUCGCGGUCCAUCGACGGGCCAAUUGCGGCGUCCACCUUCUAAGUAUUUAGUCCCGGGUACAAACUACGCGAUGUACAACGAUUUGGGCGUUUACGGAGUCCCGGGUAAGGUCAAGGACAAGAAGCCGUAUAACCCAGUGGCGGCUAUGAGGAAGAUGGAGGAGUUCACGCGAGACGUGGGAGGAUACUCGUUCCUCUACGCAGAUAUCUUCAUGACGCGAGAGGAGUUUGAGCAAAUGUUUGAUCUGUCGCUAUAUGAGAGGUUGCGGAGUAAGUAUCACGCGGAGGGCGCCUUCCCGCACUUGUAUGAUAAAGUCAAGCCCGAGCUAGAUGUGUUUAAGAUCGGUGAGGAGAAUGCAUUGUCGUAGAUGAUGGUUUAUAGUUUAUUGUAUGAGCCGUGAGAGGAAGAAUAACAUUUUA